CCGGGACCACAAUUCCCAUCGCGCACUGGGGCAGCCGGCGCCCCGUCAGGCCUACCCCUCCCAGCGGGCACGGGGCGCGCGGGCGCGGCGCCGCGCAGUGCACGCUGGGAGCUGUAGUCCUCCCCGCGGGUGGUGCCGAGCCGGAGCCGCCAUGCCGGAGGGGACCGGAGCGCUGCGGGAGGUGCUGCCCAAGCAAGGGCAGCUGUCGGUGGAGGACACGGCCACGAUGGUGCUGUGCAAGCCCAAGAUCCUGCCCCUCAAGUCGGUGUCGCUGGAGAAGCUGGAGAAGCUGCAGAGGGCGGCGCUGGAGGCGGCCCAGCCGCCCGAGGCGGCCCCACCGCCGUCCGCGGGGGCCGCGCCGCCCCGGCAGUAGCGCGGGCAGGGCCGUGCCCGGCCGCAGCCGCGAUCGGAGGUACCGCUGUGUAACGGGGCUGCGGGUUAAAGCGCGGCCUCCAGGCCGGCGGUGGGGCCGGGCGGGGAGGCCGCGCGUCGGGCGCUGUUGGUGUAGAAGUUGCGCUGGUCGCUGCCCAGGCGGUUUUAAACGCGGCUUUAGAGGCACCAGAACCCCUCGGAAAGCGGCAGGAGGCGAGCUCCACAAGCCCCGGCUCCAGGCCGGGCUUACCAGACCCGCUCGAGCAGUGAAGUGCUUGGCUCCUGGAGCACAGCGUGUUCCCGGCCCUGGAAUGGCUACUCCCAGCAUUUCGGAACACCUGAAAUCCUGACAUGAAACAAGAAAGGAGAGGCUCUACCGUGUUCCUGUAGGCGAGUCUUCCUUAGAUCUGUCUUGUUCUUGAGCCAGGGCUUGAGGAAGCUCUGCAGCAAAGACACAUUCACACUAUCUGCCAGCCUGGACACUCCUACACAAGUCAGCUGUGUUUUCCAAAACAGAUCUGGUAAAUACUUACUUACCAUGAGCUUAAUUAUUCUGUGCUCUCGUCCUGAUUGCAAUACCAAAGGGCAGCGUUACGUGUACUGCUUAAUUUAUUCUGUUUAAAAUAAAUAAAAAGGAGGCAGAAACAAGAGCUUCACAAAAAAUAUUUUUAAUAUGUUUUACCAGAACUUUUCACUUUUCCAGUUACAUAGAAAAAAAGACAAGUUUGGUACAUGGGGGCUGAAACCAACCAGUGUUCUCCCCUGAAACAGAUUCAUUCAUCUUGUGACCCAACUGUAUUUUCUUGGGCUCUUUAAAACAAAGAAACUGCUAUUUUUUUUAACUCCCAAAAGCACAGUAUUUCUUUAGCAGCAAUGGAAAUGGGAUCACAGCAGCUUAACUUGACCCUUCUAUAAUAAAGCUUUGUAUAAACCAGUGAUUUUCUGAUGACAGCGCUGUCCUGGGAAGAGCGAGCGGCAGUCGGACAUCGAUGCACACGUGGAAUGAUUAGGUCAUAAACAUGGCACAUACAGAGAUAGCUUAUUUCAAGGCACCACCACAGCAGAGUGGCCAGUUGUUCUACUAUAUGCCCAAAGAAAGAACACUUCUUCCUGAAAUUUACAAAACUAUAAAAAAAAAAAAAAGAAAA